CUUCCGUAGGUCGCUUAUUAUUUUACUUAUUUAAAAAGUUUAAUCCACCUUAGCCCCUGUUUUUUUUUGUAUUUAAUUUAAAAAGAAAAGGAAACAUAAAGAGCCGCGCGUUUAGAUAAAAUAGCAGCGUAUAAAGAUGCAACAAAAUAUCAAGUAAAGCUGCAUAUAUUUUUACACGCUCGUCGCUUUUGGUAUAAGUUUCGACGAAAUCAGCUGUGCAGAAUUGGAUCCGACCGAGUCAGUUGCUACUACUGCUAUACUGCCACUAUCAUAAAUCACAAGAACGCUACUGAGAAAGCGAUCAUCAUAGAAGAUCGGAAUUGAUUCCUACGACUCGUACUUACGCGUCACUGUUAGGUUUUUAUUUGAUUUUUUUUUUUAAUUUUUUUUUUUGACAUGUCACUACUCUCCGAGUGCUAUCGCCGACUCUCCAACAGUUCAACAUCGAACCAACAACCGCUAAAAGGCUACAAGGUGACGGAUGUGAACCGAACGAGAAAAAUCGGAGUCGCGUGCCGCAGCCUGUACGAGCUCAAACAAAAAGCAUGCGCUAAAUUCAACGUCACAAAUGAUUUAUCGGAGAUUGAAAUUUACCUGCUGGACGGAUCGGAAAUAGAUGAAGACUACUUUACAACACUGGAACCCCAAACAACCUUGAUUUUUCGCAGACCGGGUGAAAAGCUUUUGACCGAGGCGGAUGUGCUUUACCAGAUGCUGAGGCGGGUGAACGAGAGUUUCUUCCAGAAAGGACAGAGAGCCGAGGAAUUACUCACGGUUAAGUUCAAAGACAAAAUUUCUCUGCUGAAUGAGAUGCUCAACAGUGACGACUCAAAGACGAUGCUCACCAGCCCCGAGGAGCACCCCGAAUGGUUCGACGGCUUGGAGACCCGCGCCCGGACUAAGGAAGCAUACCUGCAUCGUCGCUGUCAAGACAGAAUCAGGGGUUACCUUUAUAAGAUGAUCGAGCAGGUUCGGUUAUCCGACGAGUACAAUCGUAACUCAGUUGCGCGCAAGCAGCUCCAAAGUGCUAUCGCCUUCUUCAAGCUACAACUCAAGAAGGACCACUACUUUGGGUUCUACUUCGACCGCAGCUACGCGAUCACAGCCGGAGAUGAUGAGAUCGACAGCUCCGAGAAAACAAUUGACUGCACAUACGAACACUGUCCCUGCAAAAUGAGCAUUUCGUCGUAUGAAAGGUAUAUCUUAGGUCUGACAGACGAUGAUAUAGAGAAAUCUGAUGACAAGGUCGAUGACGCCGAGGAUACCGAUAGCGAUGAAGUCGACGCAAAAAAAUUGAAAAUGUCACCUCAAAAAGAAGCUUGCGGAGGAUUCCUGACCACUUCGGACAGAGAAGAGCUUCAAAAAGCAGAAGCUCAGUGUAAAUACAAAAUUGUAAUGAGGCACAGAAAGGAUAUGAAAGCCCUUUGUGACGAAAGGGGUGAAUUCAGGUGCAAUGGAGUCUGGAAUCGUGACGUGUGUUUGUUUACCGACAAGCACCGAAUCAAUCCCUACAGGUCCAAGGAGGAGCUCAUUCUCUUCUCCACCUGGAACCUUGAUCACAAGAUCGAACGUUCCAGAACAAUAGUGCCACAGUUAUUAGAGGCCUCGCGAAACGACGAACUCUUCGAAGACAAAGUCAUUGAGUUUUACAAUAAUCUUUUCACGGUGAAAAAUUUGAAGCUCGUGCACAUCGUGUGUCAUGAUAAAGGUUCACAUAAAUAAACUUGCGGUAGCGGCAGUACUGAAAUAAUACAUAUUAUUGUUGUAUACAAUACGUACAGACCCGUGCAAUUUAUGUUUGUACAUACCUGUACAUUAUGUUUAAUGUCUUACCAUCUGAAGAAAAAUGAAAAAUAUUGCACUAUAUUUUAUUACGAGCAAACCAGCGUGGGUGAAAAAAUGCGCAUAAAAUAAAAGCAAUUUUCGAAAAUAUUUAUGACGGAAUGAGAAAAUAAUGGUACAGAUACCAUAAGUUAAAUGCGUAUUUAUUCACGGAUACUUGUUUAGGCACAUAGUUUUUAUUAUAUUGUGCCGAUAUCCGCAAUUUAUAGUUUAUAAAGAGUGACAGUUAAAUGUUAAAAUAUCUCAUCGAGUAUAUGGAUUGUUGAUUCUAUACACUAUCUGCACAUCUGUGCAUACAUACAUACGUGUAUCUUUCGCAACGCAUUAAUUGGCUAACGGAGUUUUUGAUGAUUUUUUUUUUUUAUCUGAUGGGCCAGUUGCAAUUUUUCACUGUGAUUAAUUUAUCUUGUGGUAUUUGUACACAAGAAUUUUUUGUAACUAAAAAUCGAGAGUAAAAGGAGGACGAGAUAGUUUUUAGUAGGCGAAGUACCUAAUUUAUAAUUUUAAACUUUCACUCUAUGCUUUUGGUGAAUUUUUUACUACAUAUAAAUUUUCGUUUGUGCUUGAUCUUCUUCUUAGCUAAGAGGAUUGGUCGGUAAAAUAAUUGGUUCGUUCGAUUAAAUACAAACACACUAUGGACGGUUGAUACACCAAUAACCCUAUAAACGAGCGUGACAUGAUAUCUCUAACACGCUCUUUUAUCUCCAGUCCAUCCUUAUUUUACUCAUUAAAAAAAUGUUCGAUAAACUUGGUGUAUCAUGUUUAACAGGGUAACAGACAACUCCUAGAAACAUAUUUUGUGAUGGAUGGCGAUAACGAGUUUGAUUGACCAUGUACAGGACCGAUGUUGAGAUACUUGAGUUGGAUUGCUUUUAUGAUCAGAGCCAUGGCUAUUUUACAAUCAUUCAGGAACGGAGGUUUUAAUGUAGCAUUGUUGAGUGCGUAAUUUUUAUGCGUUGUUGGGAUUAAACUCACGCACACCGUCCAAAUUGCACUGAUGAUAAUAGUAAAGAUGUUAUGACAUUAAACUAUGGUAUGAAAUACUUUUGAGAAGUUGGAAAACUAAAAAAAAGAAAAAUGAUAAAACCAUAAGCGAAGGCAUAGUAUUAUAUUUUUAUUCUGUGUUUGCACGUUUAAAACUUAUCAAUUCUAUAAAUAUUUUACAAUAUGGCAAACCUGAAAGAACUUAUUAGUGCCAAAAGCAACAAAAUUAUGUAAUGCUGAAAUACUGAAAAAAAAAUCAUUUAAAUUGAGUAAAUGAUACUACGAAUCGAUUUUAAAUAUAUGCUACAUGAUUUUAAAGAAAUGUAUGUGUUGAUGAGUCAAAGUAUUCCUAUCGAUUCACAAAAAACGUACAUACUUUCUAAUUCAUCACGUUUCAUUGCAUUUAAAUCAGAGCAAUAACAAUGAAAAUGAGGUGGAAUAAUUAAAAUGCCUUAAUAUUCGUUCAAAGCUAAAUUCGACUAUGCGGUACUCAUAUAUUUUAGUAUUGGAGUAAAGACAUAUACUAAAAAAAUGGAUAACAGAGAACAAAUGUACAGCAUUGCUAUGAUUCAUAAAUAAGAACUGUUACGUGCACCGUGAUAUAUUUAGUGCCAGUAUUUGGGAAUUACUUUAUAUAUUCCGAUAAAUGAAAAUAUGGUCAUAUUCUAUACCCAUAAUUUUGUCACUACAUAAAAUGUACUUUACAUUCGAUCAGGAGCACACUUUAAUUUUCAUCAUCUAGGUGUGUAACAUACUGUUUUUGCCCUUAUUGCGGUUUACAUAUGGAAAAGAAAAAAAAAUGUAAUUAAAACAGAAAUUUUAACGAUGUUACUAUAUAUUUAUUUAUAAAAACAUGCGUAGAUUAGUAAAUAAGAGGCUGAUAUCAAAACCUGCGUGAUUGACUAAACAAAUCGUACGUUUUCAAAGGUUAUACUAUAAUUAUGGUGUCAACUGUAACGAAGUGCAUUGUAAGACUAGUACAUUUUGCGUGAAGGCAAGACAUAUAUUUUAUGAAAAAGUGUUAUAACGGAGACAAGAUCGAUAUUUUUUGAUGGAUAUGUACCUAAACUAUGAAGGACCGACGUAGUUAUGUUUUAAAUGUAGAGAUCAAAAUAAUUUAUUUUUUGGUACGUUUACUUUGUUGUAGACGGUGUUUUCGUGAAAAACUGUAAAAUUAAAUUAAUAAGUAUUUUUUUAUAAAACUUGCAAUUACAAAUUGUUCUCUUUACAUGUGCUUUUGUAAAGAAAGAUGUCGUAAAAAAUAAUAAAGCAAGCAUUCAUCCUAAGAAAUUGAUACAAAUAAUAAUAACCAAUCGACAUAACUCAUCGGUAAUAGAAUAACAAUACCAUAUAAAUUUAAAAAGUAUAAAAAUAAUGGCAACAAGUUUGCAUACUUGUACAUUUGCAUUCAUGUGAAUGACAUUUUAGUUUUUGGUUGUUGUAAUUACGACACGAUAGAAAUUAUUUCUAUAUUUAUUUUAA